ACGUACGCGCGCGCGGCUUACGGGGAUGCGACCACGAAUUUAACACCGCCGUUACUGCACUGAAAAUAAACCGAGACGCAGUUUGUUUGUCGAAGCUGACAGAAAGAUUAAGAACAUAAAUUGCCAUGACUGAGCAGCAGAGGCAGCGCACCCUCUCCACCUCUGGAGAAUCCCUUUAUCAUGUGCUGGGUGUUGACAAACUGGCCACUACUGAUGAUAUCAAGAAGUCUUACAGGAAACUAGCCCUGAAAUACCACCCUGACAAGAACCCAGACAAUCCUGAGGCAGCGGAAAAGUUUAAAGAGAUCAACAAUGCCCAUGCCAUCCUGAAUGACCCUACCAAACGCAACAUUUAUGACAAGUAUGGCUCCCUGGGACUGUACGUAGCUGAACAGUUUGGAGAGGAGAACGUCAACACGUACUUUGUCCUGUCCAGCUGGUGGGCCAAGGCGCUCUUUGUGUUCUGUGGCUUGGCUACAGGCUGCUAUUUCUGCUGCUGUCUAUGUUGUUGCUGUAACUGCUGCUGUGGGAAGUGUAAACCACGGCCACCUGAGGGACAGGACCAAGAGUUCUAUGUUUCUCCUGAAGACCUGGAGGCCCAGCUGCAGUCUGACGAGAGAGAGGCUGGUGGAGGUGAGCCCAUUGUCCUGCAACCGUCAGCCACAGAGACCACCCAGCUAACAUCCGAUGGUCACCACACCACCUACCGGACCGACACCGGCUUCAACUAACGCUGUCUGUCUCCAGCUGCCGUUCUUCUCCCAUCCCUGAGUCCAAGGAACGAGCAGAGGAGCAACUCCAACAACUUAAAAAAAGAAAAAGCCACCUUUUGGCAGGGAGAAAAGCCAGUGAGAAUGGAACACAAGCUGAACUCUUUCAGACAUUCCCACCCGUUUCUCAUAUCCACCACCAUCACCAUUCUUCCAGAGUGGCGUACAUUCAUCUCAGUGUAGCUUGAAAAUAAGGAAUUGAAUGGGAAAAAGAACACAAGAUAUUUUCUCUUGUACUCUCUUUUUGGCCUUUGACUUCCAGACUUGCCUUUCCAUCACCCUCUUCUCCAGCCAGAUUUGUUUGCUGUCCUGUAGCAUGCACUGUUCCCCAAUCAGUAGUUGAGGUUAAGCACAGUAGGUCUGUUUUAUGUGCAUUGUUUUUCAUACAUUCAGGAGUUUAUGGUUGAAGUUCUUGUUGAAACGAUGUACUUGACCUUGCAUGUGUUUGUAAGCGAAAAACCAUGUUUAAGGAUUUUUUUUUUUUUCCUUCACCUCCAGCAUUGCAUGCUUUCAUUCUUCUCAUUGCACUUCUGGGGGGGGGGUCAGAAAUCAAAGUAGGUUAAAUCAAGAGUUUUAAGCCCUUGUAUAUAAUGUACUGUCUGCUCUGUGAUAACUGUCUACACUGUUUUUAAUUUUGUCUGAAUCUAAACACUAAAUGCAGUUCUGUUCUUUAGCAUCACUGUUUUCCUCAUCAGUCAUUUGAGUUUAGUAGAUAAGUGAUGCAAAAGAUGCUGCCAAACACAUUUCUGAAAUAUAUUUUCUUAAUAUAUAUUUAUGCCAUCUGGUGUGUUGAAGUGUUUAAAAGGAUGAGCCAGUUGUGAUCAGAAGUGGUGCAGUGUGGGUGUUGGCGUGUGUGUAUCAGCUGGGAUUUGUGGAGUACCAGGAUCUUGUCCUCAUAGCAUGUUCUGACUCUUAACAUCAGUCAUAUUAUUUAGCUAACCUUAGACAUGUCCCUAUGCUCACGUUUUAAGGGAUUUAGUAUUGAAACACAUUCUGUUCUGUAAUGUCAGACUGUACAUCCCCAGUUUGUAUGUAAAGAGGAAAGAAAAAUGUUUUUAUAUAGAUAUACAAUGUACACACCCCGUGUAUGUGCAGUAUAUGUAUAUUUUGUGCAUUUUUACUUUGUUAGCUCAUAUUUAUUCCAGUGUGUUAUUGCUCAUGGUGAUGUGUGAAUGGUUUAUUAGAGUACAUAUCUCCUCCCUAUUCGUGCCAAGAGAUCAUGGUGAUUGUGAAUGAAUUGUGUUAGAAGUUGUUUAUUCAGCAACAAACAAUAUCGUUCAUUACAACAUAAGCUCAGCAGUGUAAUUUUUUUAUUAUUAUUAACCAUGUUAUUGUCAACUCUUUUUGCUUUGUAUGCCAGUUGGAGUGAGAUGGCUAUCACCACUGUCACUCCUGGACACAUUUGUUCUUAAUUAAAGCAAAAGUAUUUUUACCAGUU